AUGGAGACUAUCAGCAGGCUCCCGCGGCGCCUAACCCAACUGUACUCCGACACCAAGAUACACUGCGAUGCCGUCGUCGAGCAGGACGUCCAGGACACACAAUCCCAUGUCCUUCACCGCAAGCUCCGGAUACAGAAGGACAGGUUGAUAACGUGGGGUGUCGACUGGAGCGACAACGCAAAGGGCAAGAAUGGCGACAUCGAUGAGAGCGUGGAACAGGCGGGCCUCACGGAGACCGUGACCAGUGUCCUUGGGACCAUCAAGAACAUCUUGGACGAGGCUGAACACAUGCACCCGGGUGGUGCACCUGCAGCAGGCAAGACAUUGUCAGAAGAGAAGGGCAGGCUGCCAGCAUCUGAUACGUCCGCGUGGGCGGCCGCCGAUAGGUCACGUUACGAGGACCUCAUCUCAGACCUGACUACCUCCAUCGACAUCCUCUAUGACCUCUCCAGAAGCCGCCGUGCGCAGCGUGGUCCUGCCGCAGAUGUCAAGGCUGGCCCUGAACCUCCACGACCCUCCGCUGCGGCUGCCAUCUUCUCGAAGCCAGAGUACAGCGCAUCAGAUCUGACGCUUGUCAACCCUGCUACAUUCCCACUAAACGCACACGCGCUGCAUGCCGCUGCCCGUUUCCAUCUGCCGCCGAAGCUAAACACUUCCGAUUUGGUCCUGCCAGAAGAGGAACCACCGCCAUACGAAAGCGUUGGUGCAUCAUCGAUUCGUGUUAUAGGUCGAUUGCGCUCGCGGAACAGCUCGACAAAUCCCUGGAGAACCGACGGGUCGCGCAACAUCGAGCAACCCGUUCUGAUCGAGUAUGCGACGUACGACCCUACAUAUCGCUUUACCGAAGUCUCUCCACCCACGGACCGUCUGGAUACUCUUUUAUCAAUUCUAUCUAAGCUAUCAAACGACCACCCUCAUAUGGCAACUCUCCGAUGCUUGGGUUAUUUCGAGGACCCCAAACAACCUCGCUUUGGUCUCGUCUUCGAACUUCCAUCAUCCACCUACGCCGGCGCAUCUGAUGCCCACAAGACAAUAGACGAGCUGCGGCCUGUCACUCUUCUCAGUGUCUUGCAGACGGGAUCCAAGUCUCUCAACAACUCAAACAGUGCAACUCCCCCGCUUGAGGAUCGCUUCCGUCUGGCACACUCGCUUGCUAUUACAUUUAGCAAGAUCCAUGGCAACAACUUUGUUCACAAGGAUAUCAACAGCAGUAACAUCUUGGUAUUCCGGAAGAACAGACGACAAUCUGCCAACACCAGAGCGCUGCAGUACGCUCUUCGAUCUCCUGUUGUCUGCUCUUUCGACCUCUUCUCGGAGUACGACAUUGAGCCCACCUACACCAUGCCGACCCUUAAUAUUUACCGCCAUCCGGAAGACCCAAAAUUCACCGGGCUAAAGGAAAGACAUCACGGUCCUCAAUUCGACCUGUACAGUCUCGGCUUGAUACUCCUAGAAAUUGGUCUGUGGCAGCCUCUUGCCGACCUUUGGAAGCCAAAGUACACCCUUGCCGACUUCAAACAGCGGGUCGAAGAUGUUUAUAUUCGUCGCCUGGCAUCGAAGUGUGGCACUGCAUACAUGCAAGUUGUGCGCGAUUGUUUUUGGGCGGUUGACCGUACCGAGAAUGGUACCGAAACUCUGCACGAGUUUGCGCAGCUCUACAAUCGCAUCAUCAUCAGACUACAACGGUGCUGCAUGCUCGAUGAGUCUGAGCCCGGUUUCGAUCUUCACGGUGCACGACCAGGGCCCAUGCCACUGAUAAGUCCCACACAUCUCAAGCGCAAGAGCGUCAGCCAGCCCCAGAUACUAGAGACGCCGACCAGCCCAUCAUACAAAAGUGCAAAGCGCUGGGCUCUUGAAAAGGGCUCUCAAGCGCUUGAGAGGACAAAAUCGUUGACCAAAUCAAGUACCAAAAAAUCGCCAGACCCGAGCGCCUUGUCACGUAAUCCAUCACAACGCUCGCAGCAUUCGAUCCGUAAAUCGAUCUCAGAAACCAUGGGUCUUGGUAGCGCGAGGGAAGAAUCGAUGGCAUCGAUGGACUGGGAGCCACACGACCAAGGAUCGCUUGAAACGUCUGGUACCCUGGUACCUACUCCUCAAAACUCACAGGAUCGAAGCGAAGUAUCGUCGCUGUACAGAGAGCAAAUUACUACUGCUGCAUCGAUCAUUCAGCGCGCGUGGCGGGCAUCGCGUACGCAGCCAUCGAAUGCGAACAUGACGCUCAACGACUACAAGGAAAAGAUCACCAUUAUCCAGACAGCCUGGAGAGAAAGGAAGCAGAAGAGAGCGCACUCGGUAGAAGCUUUGUUCACCGACGGCAUUCGCCAUUGGCCCCAAGCUACCCUUGGCUACCCGACACCUGAACCUGAAGUGCAGGAUGCUGGCGUCGUCGAGCGCGACAGGUGUAUCACAUCCUCCAUCCAGAUUCAGACAAAUGUCGAGCCGCCUCCUCGCUCGAAACUGCGAUUGCAUCCUGUGAAAUUUACACCUGCGAUCGUCGACGAGUGGCAUGCAACCAUGCUGCCCAGACUCGAACGUCUCAUUGAGCGCGCUCUCAGGGACUCGGACGAGACCAUCAGCAUUGACCUUGUCGCUAUCGGUGAGACCCAGGAGAAAGCUCGGCCCACCGUCUUCAUCACAUGCAGCAGCGUUGCCAAAAUCAAGGCAAUCCUCUCUCGCCGAUUUCGAUACGACGCGCACGUAUACGAUCUGAAAGUCCGUCGUGGAAAAGUGCGACGGUCCAAGAUGAGCCGCUCACCUGGCCGUGUACGGCCACCUCACCGGUCCAUGAUGAACACAGAGAACUACAAUGCUGACAUGGCUGUCAUGAAUCCUUUCCACCAACAGCGACCACUCUGCGGAGCAUCUAUUGGUGCCUUCAAUGGCAAGCAGCAUCUUCCUCCGGUCUCGUAUGGUGGGGUCGUCUUAGUUGAUGAUGAGCCGCUCGGCAUGAGUGUCCACCAUCUGCUUGAUGCACCAUCAGAUGAGGAGAGCGAUACUGAAGAUGAAGCCGUUAGCCCUUACCCAUACGACGCAGUCUUAUCUAGUGCGGCCAGCAACAACAACCCGUGGCUAAUGGGUAUGGGUGCCCAACCCGGCCUCGAACUCGCCAACGACGCCCCGGUGCCCAUGUGGGAUCUCGAAUUGUCCGACGACGAAGACACAGGGAGCGAGGAUGACGAUGAAGCCGAGUCUUUCGACUUCUCCGAUUCCGAGUUUGACUCUGAAGAUGAUUCCGACCAAGAAGCUAUGACUGACUCGACCAUGUCACGAGCCACCGUCGGCGAUAUCGAGGGCAUCGAGCUUGGCGAAGGUGAAGAGAUCAAGGUCACUCAACCCGCUAUCGACGAUGUCGACGAGAACUUUUUUCCAAACGAAGAAGACAAAGACGAAGACCACCUCGACUCUCAUGAGCUUGGGCAUGUACACGCAUCUUCAGGAAUCCGCCGUUGGAAGCGGGACGGCAUCCUCCACGAGAUCGACUGGGCUCUGCUGAAGCUCAACGACGAACGCAUGCAGCCGUACAAUGUCUGCCAAGGGGGCCGCCGCUUCGCAUUUGGCUCCAUGAAACCGGAUCAGAGGGAGAUAUCAUCGAAGCUUGAAGAGCCUGUCAACCGCCGCCACUACCAACCCGCUGAAGACGAGUAUCCCAACGGCGUCGCCAGCGCUGACUCACUUGCCGGUCUCAACGUACACUGCUUUGGCCGCACGACAGGCCUGCAAGGAGGCAUGGUUGGCCAUGCGAUGAGCUCCGUGCGCAUCUACCGCCGGAAAUCGUUCUCUCGUAGCUGGCAUGUCGCUGGUGGUUUUGGUGUGGGCGGUGACUCUGGAGCUUGGGUUGUUCAGAACAACUCCCACCGCGUUGUUGGACAUGUGCUAGCUUGGUGUCAGCGCAACCACAUUGCGUACAUCUGCCCAAUGGAGGUUCUGCUCGAAGACAUUAAACGCACGUUGGGCGCCAAGCGCAUCUACUUGCCCGGCUCAGCCGAACAAAUGCUCUUCGCCACAAAACAGCAAGGACAGAAGACGGCCGGUAGGGAGUCGGCCAUUGUGAAGCUGGAAUCCGCUGUUCAGGGCCUGGGUAUCGUGGACAGCCACGACUCGGCGGUUGAUAUGCGGUCGGCAGUUGGCUCUAGGGCUUCUACUAGACGAAGCAGGCUUGAUCUGAGCCCGCUGAAUACCAACGGCGAGAGCGAUAAAGAGAACAUGCAUGUCCUGAAGGGCAAGGCGAUGAGGGUCAACGAAAGCAGGGAGACGAUGGUGCAGAUGGCCAUCAUGCCUUGA